CAGCUCUCAGCCUCAAUGCACUCUGGUUGAGGCUUGAGGCAAAAAAUUUACGCUGGAAAACCAGAGGAAGUGGGACAAGGGGGAAGUUUGGACACCUCAGUGUUUAAAAGCUGCUUUUCCGUGCUCUGGGUUACAUCUCCCCGGGCACCUCUUUUCACAGUAGGAAUAACUCACCAGGUUUUCCAGGUGCCUCUGUGGCUUUCAUUUCAGCUUUCCCCACACUUGAUUUAGUUGUUGCAGGCCAAAACCACACACACACACAAAAGUAGAUUUUGGGGAAAAGUGGUUCUGGCCUCUACCUGUAACAUCUGCAGGAACCCUGGUACCUUUGUGUGCAGUUCAAACCUGGGCUUGUUAAAUAUUUAUCCUUCAUACCAUGCAUCUUCUAUCUGUACAGGCCCUUUGACAGCACACAUUUUCAAGCCCCAUUUGGCUGUGGUUUCUAGACUGUACCUUCCAAGUGCUCUUUUACCCCUGCAGUAAUUCUCACAGCAGCUGCCUGCCUGCAGAGAUGCGCCUGCAGGAGAAGCUCUUCUUCAAGAGCCCCACUGCCAUCGCACUAAAGCACUUGGCGAGCAUCACUCAGGUCUGGCGCUUCCAGCGCGCUCAGGCGGAGCUGCUGCUGGCCUCGCACCGUGACGCCGCCCGCCGCCAUAGGGCGGCCAUGGAGGAGGCGAAGAGGGAGCUGGGUGUGAAGGAGAGGGAGCUUGAGUCCCUGCGCCAGGAGAACAUGGAGCUGCGUCGAGCUCAGCUCUCCCCCGGCUGGCGAGGGGGCAGCAGGAGCAGCACUCCCCGGCCCGUGGGGGUCACAUCCCCGGCACACACAGUGACCCCGCAGCCCCGGCGGCAGCUCAGCUCCCAGGUGGUCAGCCGCUCAGCCCCGUGGGAGCCCCCUCCCCCCCGCAGCACCCCCGUGUGGCACCUGGGCAGCGCCUACGGGGGUGGGAGCACCACCGCCGGCUCCAGUGUAGGCGAAAGGACCCCGAAUCUGGCGGAUUUCUACCCAAACUUCCACGGCCCACACAGCCCCUGGCCAUAGGAUACGCCCCCUUUGUCCAAGCCCCGCCCUUAUCUCUAUAUAUGGUACUCAUUUCCCUUAACCCCUCCCUUCAUCUCCAUGUAAAACCCCCUUCCACUAAGCCCCGCCCCUUAUCUCCAUAAAUGGCCCCCUUCCGGUAAGCCCCGCCUCCAUCUCCAUAUGUGGCGUCCCUUCCGCUAGGCCCCGACCCUCAUCUCCAUAAUUCCCCGCUUCCGCUAAGCCCCGCCUCCAUCUCCAAAUGUGGCUUCCCUUAUCUAAGUCCCGCCCCUCAUGUCCAUAAUGGCCCCCCCUUCCGCUAAGCCCCGCCACCUUUUCCGUAUUUAGCCCAGCCCCUCUUUACUCACCGAGUCAUGCCCUCACCCAUCAUGGCAGCCACGUUGCCGUGGUAACGGCCGCACCGCGCCUCCAUUUUGCGCUCCAAGAUGGCGCUGGCGGUCGUGGUGCGGGCCGGGGCCCCGCUCCCGUCCCGUUCCCUCCUCCCGGGGCUCACAGCGCCCCGGGACCCGGCCAGGCGC